ACGAUUGGCCGAGAGAUUUUUGCGCGGUGCAUUUCAGCCAAUCAGAGCUUUGUUUUCGCGCUCGUAUGCAAAGCCUCAGAUAAAUGGCGAACGGAAGGGCAAACUGUAAACAAAUACAACAGAACUGGACAUUUUUAGACGGAUUGUGACUUUUAAGAGAAAAGCAACUCUAUAUUACGAAUGCUGCGUGUAAAUACAAACGGAAAUAUUCGAUAUGCGACAAUCAGCGAGAAUUUAAACUAGCCUCAUUCAGCGUUAGGAAGCUACCUAGGCCUGCUGACAUUUGCGCAGACUUGGAAUUUGGUAACGUUAGUGCUGUAAUGCGAACGCGGGCUCUGGAUAGAGACCCGCACAGUUAACUCAAUUAGCAUUUAAAAUUUGUUUUAAAAUCGUCUGACAAAGUUACAACUAGGCAGCAUCAUGAGCACAAACUCGGACAGCGGUCAGCCGUCCGAAACAAACCAGAGGAAAAGAAGUGCAAGUCCAAGUGUUGAGUCUGACUCCACGCUGCCCAAGCAAGCGAAAGUAAGUGAUGAGGAACCAAGGAAUGACUCUCGUGAAGAUGCAGAACCUGAGAAAGUUGGCAAUGAUGAGCCAAAACACGGAUCUGAGCAUCCUGAAGACGCUAAAGAGAAGGAUACGGUGAUUCUGAAUGAAGCAGACGCGCAGGAGAGCACAGGACAGGCUUGUGGAGGUGAGAGCGAGCGCCAGCCGUCAGAUUCCGCUGCCAUCGCCGCAGCAGAAGCGCUUGCCAGUCUGACCGGUGGAGACGCGGACGAAGACCGUAAAGAAAUGCCCUGUUCGUCUAAAAAAGCGAGCCGAGAGAAAUCAAGGGAUAAGUCUAAUCGUCCCAGUUGCUCUCAGAGCGAGAGAAGGACGGAGGCAGCCGCGGCUGACAGCUCCUCAUCCCUGCUGCUCUGCGAGGACCGAGAAGAUCCAGAGCAGGCUUCGUUCGUGGAUGAUGAGGAGGAGGAUGACGACUCUCUUCCUGGCUCUUCCUCCACGGCUAGCUCGUCUGUCGCCUCUGAUAAUGAGGAUAACGAGGACGGAGAGUGUGCCAUAGUGUCGGUGAAGAUGGCCCCGGAGGUGCGGCAGUCCGUGGCGCUGCUCGCACAGGUGCAGAUGCGGCUGGACGCGCUGGAGAAGAAAGGCGCGCGUCUGCAUCAACGCCUGGAGAUGAAACUGAGCCGCCAGCGACGCCCUCACCUGGACCAGCGCGGCGCCAUCACUCAAGCCAUCCCAGGCUUCUGGGUCACUGCUCUUCUGAAUCACCCACUUCUAUCAGCGCAAAUCGACGAGACUGAUGAAGAUGCUCUAAGCUACAUGACUAACUUAGAGAUUGAGUCUUUCAAGAACAACAAACUUGGUUACCGCAUCUGCUUCCAUUUCCGGCGAAAUCCCUUUUUUCAAAACAAAAUGAUAGUGAAGGAGCUUCAUCUUGGUAUGGGAGGAUCACCGGUGUCGUUCUCAAACCCGAUUUUGUGGCACAGGGGGCAGAAUCUGGUCGGUAGUGGAGAACCACGUCGAACAUCACAGGGAGUCUACCAGAGCUUCUUCCAUUGGUUCAGUGACCACAGCAACCCAGGAAGGGAUGACAUCGCGCAGAUCCUGAAAGAUGACCUGUACAGAAACCCUUUGAGGUACUAUCUGACUCCACUCUGGGAGCCACGAGAGAAUGGCAGCAGAGGUCCCAAACCUCAGGGCAACAAUAAUGGAGACGAGUGUGUGAUCAUCUCAGAUUCAGAUGAAGAUGAGGAGAAGAGCCAAAACUUGGGGCAAGAGGAUGAAGAUGAUGACCAAGUCGGAGGCUCAGAAGAGAAUGACAGAGAUGAGGGGGAGUCCUCCUAUGAGGAGAGAGAUGAAGAGGAAGUGGAUGUUGAGGAAGUAGAAGAGUCACGUGACUCUAGUGGCUGUGAGGUCAGAGAGCAAGGACAAGAAGAGGAAGAUAUUGAUGUAGAUGAAGAGAAGAGUUAGGACACGGGGUUGUCUCUGUUUCUUUUUUACGCAGAAUAGCAUCAUUCGAAUUUUCUAUGAUCCGUUUUACUGAUAUCAUUUCCUGCAUAAAUUAAGUCUGUUUCAAAUAACAAGUGAUUAAUGAUGCUUAAUGAUCAGGGUUUAAAUAUGUCUUCAUUGUAGAUGGUACUUUCAAUACAUCAAAGAUGAUGAAUAUUCAAAUUCAAUGUGCACUCCUCCGAAAACAUGUUUUCCUUAAGAUGUCAUCACAUUUUACACUUAUAACUUUGCAUUAACAGAUUUCAGAGGGCUACUGAUACCAGUAAGACACCUCUUUUAUCUCACAACGGACUGUUUAAAGCUUGGGAUUAUAGACUGCACUUAGUUUAGUUUAGUUUUUGUAUGACCGUAUACAGUAGCAUUGUCUGUCACUCGCAAUCAUGACCAUUUAUAAACACACCAUACUUUCCUGUUUGGAUGUUUUACAGGCCUAAUCAUGUUUUUCAGUCAUUGCUGUAAUAUUUUUGGUUAAUUGCUGUUUGUGUUACUUUUUUAUCCUCAUCUACAGAAUUCUAACAUCGUGAAGCAAUGGGUUUCCUUGCCUUGUUAUUGUUCAUAAACUCUACCACCACAUUUUGAUUAUAAGGAGAAAGGUCAAACAUUCUGAAAUGCUCUUCAUUCUGAUCCAAAACUGGAUAACUCAGGGAUGUUUACUCUUUUAUCCUCCUUAUACUGUAGAUGUGUUUCCCUUCACAAGCUUCGUUUAUUCAGUUUUGCGACAUUAAUACAUAACAUCUUUUGUUUAUUGAUGAACCUUUAAAUAAUUGUAGUUCAUUUCACUUUGUUUACAUAAGCAGAUUAAACUGCACGUUACCAUUUAUUCACUGCAAUGAAUAACAAUUGUAAUGUUAUUUAAAUGGUCAUC